CUGUUUCUGCUCCGGCAAGCAGCAGAUUUUGACUGUCAACUCACCGCUGAGCGCAACUUUACUCUAUCGCUGGAUUUACCAUCACUUUUGGAGUACAAAAACUUACUUCUGCGCUGUUGACCAUCACUUGGAUGUUAUGAUGUUUUAGUCAGGGUGCUUGUCGUUAUAAAGAGUAAGUUUUUGGUCAUAUUAAGUGUUUGAUGGCUGCUGGGGAUGGAACCCAGCUGCCGGCGACCGUAGCGGCCAGCAGGAGUGUUGAGAAAGCGCUCGAGGAGGCUGCGUCCAGCGGCGCGCUCAUCGUCUCCAACCGGAAACUAAAAGAGUUCCCCCGUACCGCCAGGAACUAUGACCUGUCCGACAUUACACACGCAGACCUGUCGAAGAACCGGCUCUGUGAGGUGCCAGAGGAGGUGUGUCAAUUUGUUUCCCUGGAGACGCUUAGCCUGUACCACAACUGUGUGCGAUCCCUCACGCCCAGCCUGUGCCAGCUGCAAGCCCUCACCUACCUCAACCUCAGUCGAAACCAGCUGUCCAGUCUUCCGCCGUCAGUAUGUCAGCUCCCUCUACUGCGGGUGCUCAUCGUCAGCAACAACAAGUUAUCAGUUCUACCAGCCACUAUACACACCCUCACACACCUACGGCAAGUGGAUGUGAGCUGUAAUGAGCUGCAGACUCUGCCUGUUGAGCUGGGCCAGUUAGAAUGUUUAAGGGAUUUAAAUUUGAGAAGAAACCAACUUACAACUUUACCUGAAGAGUUGUCAGAGUUGCCGCUCGUUCGGUUGGAUGUGUCAUGCAACCGCAUAUCUCAAGUGCCUGUUUGUUACCGCCAUCUGCGGCACUUACAAACCAUCAUCCUCGACAACAACCCCCUCCAGAUGCCCCCAGCCCAGAUCUGCUCCAAAGGAAAGUUCCACAUCUUUAAGUAUCUGAACAUGGAGGCCUGCAAGAGGACCCAGGAUCAGUUUGAGAAAGCGCUUCGGCCCACUGCCUUCAACAGCUGUCUCUCAAGUCUCUUGGAUCAGGAUCUGUUCCCUAGUCAGUAUGGCGCCCUUGAUUCUGGGUUUAACAGUGUGGACAGUGGCAGCAAAAGAUGGUCAGGAAAUGAGUCUGCUGACGAUUUCUCAGAGCGUUCAUUACGAUUGACCGAGAUUUCCCGUGAACACACAAAUUUUCAGAAGGAAGAGGAGAGAGACAUGUUACUAAAAACACCUAAAGUGAAUGGAGACCUCGAGCAAGUGGAUUUCAUGUACAACAGUGUAACGGAGGAAGAAGAGGAGAGAUGUCAACCUCCACUUACAGAGCCCUCUCAGGAAAAGAGUGAAAGUACCAGCAGCACACCCUCCCAGAGCCCCGAAUCGACCGGCAGCAGAAUAUUUGUGAUUGGAGACGGUUCAGAUUUUGUCUCUCCAUCCAGCCCCACUCUAGAGGAGAAGAGGAGGCCUGGAAACCUGCUCAUCUGGCAGGAGAGAGAGCGAGCGCAGCAGCAGAGAGACAGAGCCAGCACUUUGCAGAAGAUCACUGUAAAAACAGGAAGUAACUCGGCGGCGACGACCAAGCCUGGAGGAACAGGAAGUGUUUCAGGUGGUGACAGCUCAGACACCAGCUCUCCACCCAAUGGCUUAAAACAGAGAUGUGCUAGUGUAGAUCAGGUAUCUUCAUCUUCUCAUGCUGUGUCAUUGCAGCACUCCAAUAGUCGUCCAGAAGUGUCUGUGAAGCCUUGUUCUCCCACAAGUUCUGCUCCCAAACCCAACAGCUUCUUAUUCCGUACGUCCUCGCGCUGCAAUGUCAAGACAGGGUCAGCAAACAGUUUGGCUGAGUCUGGUCGGAGUGAAUCUCGCUCCACGCUCAAAUCCCCACGAGAGGAGAGAGUGGACGUCUUACAACUGCGUAAGUCUCUGGAGUCUCGUCUGAAGAUCACUCUGCCUGAAGAUCUGGGAGAAGCGUUGUCCAAUGGCACAGUCCUCUGCCAGCUGACCAAUCACGUGCGACCUCGUUCUGUGUCAAUCAUCCACAUCCCCUCACCGGCAGUGCCAAAGCUGAGUGCUGCCAAGUGUCGCCUCAAUGUUGAAAACUUCAUUGCUGCGUGUCGUAGACUGGGAGUCCCUGAGAUGGAGCUGUGUUUAGCAUCUGAUAUCCUGUGCAGUAAGCUACCUGCAGUGCAGCGCUGUGUGAAGGCUCUCCUGGCAAAAACAGGAGGAGAGGAAGACAAGAACAGCACCUCUCCCUCUGUCUCUCCUGCUUCCACCUUCUCCACUGGCUUCCUACUCUUCUACUCUUUUCUUAUGGCUUUGCUCUAUCUGUUAUACUGUCACCUUAUUGCAUAAAUGUGUAUAUGUGUGUGGUGAGUGAGUGAGAGAGCGAGUGAGUAAUUAAUGUGUAAAUGUAGUCCAUCAUCUCAUUUACACACACACAGUUAAACAAAACCUUCCCAGACAACUUUUAAAGGGAUAGUUCACCCAAAUGUGUUGCUUCAAACCCAUAUGAUGAACAACAUGAGAGUGAGUAAUUAAUAUGUAAAUGUAGUCCAUCAUCUCAUUUACACACACACAAACAGUUAAAAACCAACCUUCCCAGACAACUUUUAAAGGGAUAGUUCACCCAAAAAUGAAAAAGCAUCCACUCACCCAUGUGUUGUUUCAAACCCAUAUGAUGAACAACAUGAGAGUGAGUAAUAUUUGUGUGAACUAACCCUUUAAAUAUAUGUAUUUAGUUGCUAUUAGCAAAUUAAUCUUCACAUGUACUUCACAUACAGUCCAUAAACCUGUGAGGGCACAUAGUGUAGCUGUUGAACAUGAGCCAUAUGUGGUACAUCAGAACAAACCCCUGACCAAUAAUGCAUUUUAGAUCACACAAUAGCACUUAUGUGCCCCAUAGAUCUCAGUUUGGGAUACAUUUGUUGGUAGUUGUAGGUUUGGUUAAAUAUCACUAUAAUAACAUCAUUAUUACAUGGAAUAUCUGAUGCUGUCAUAUGGUAAAUCACUAAGGAUUCUUACUUAUAUUCUUUCUCCAUACAAUAGCUUAUUAAUAGACAGAGAGUGACCACAGACUCAAUUUUCUACAAAAAUUUGAACUUUAUUUGGAGGUAGACAUGGUGUACACUUUAUGAAGGGCUUCUCCACCCGUCUGCCUUAGAAUUACUGUUGAUUCUUUUUUUUUAUUGAGAAUGUUUUUUUUUUUUUUUAAAGGGCAUUAAAUUGCUUGUAUUUGCUCUGAAAGGUCAUAUUAUGAAGUGCCUCCAAAGCAGAAAGUUCAUACAAGUUCAUAUGUUCGCUUGUGUUUCUAGCUGAUCUUUCCAUUCGCUCUUACAGCAGCACACAAAUGAGCUUGUUGCAUCUGGGAAUAUGUUGGCAGUGUAUGAUGGUACUUAUGAACUGAAUUUGGUCUAAUACGGAGGAUGUUUGUUCCUUUUAUUUUUCCACCAUUUCUUUCUUUCUUGUCUUGUUGAUUGUGACCACCAGAGGGCAGUGCUGUUUUCAAACUAACUGCUCCAAAACCUUUCAAUGGUACUAAUAUGAUUCAAAGCUGUGUUAACUUGUUACAGUUUUUUUGUUGAAUGUUUGUUUUGGUCUUAAUGAGAGUGACUUAAUAUAAUUCUCAUAUGCAGACAGUUCAAGAUUAAGUUAUUGUUUUAUUUAUGUUUGCUGAUCUAUGUUCCGCUAAAGCUGCAUCGGUGGAAACGUGGUGCCGCUGAGCACAUUACGUAAAAUGGACUAAUCGCAUUUCAUUCAAUUAUUGAUUUUUCAGUUGGCCAAAUUAAUAAGGUAAUUCAAUUAGGAUUGCAUGUUCAUUUUGAGCUGGAAAAGAGAAGCACGAUUUUGAUUGGUUACUCGCUGUCGUUUCCGGAUUCUGAAUUUGGCCAUAAUGGUUUUAUAGUCCUGUAUUGUGCCAUGGCACCCAGCUUUCCCAGUGCUGUAUGUUGAUGUUGCUUUUGUAUUCCGUGCCUACUUAAUGUGAUUUAGGAGCUUUGCAGACAGUUUACUAACGAGCAGCCCCUCGUCUGGCGAGAACGAUAAGAGACGAGUGAGUAUGUGUGUGUGUGUGUGAGAGAGAGAGAGAGAGAGAGAGAGAGAGAGAGAGGGAGAGAGAGACUGGGAAACGAGGGUAGGUGAGCGGAUGUGCUAUGACUGGUGAUGCUAUCACCAAAAUCCCUCACCCUAUGACGUCUUAGACAUAUUUUAAAGAAAUAGUUCACCCAAAAAUUUCAAUUCCAUUGUUUUCUCACCCUCAUGUUGUUCUGAACCUAUAUGACUUUCUCAGUCACUUUCACUUUCAUUGCAUCUUUUGCUUUGGAACAACAUGAGGGUGAGUAAAUGAUGAAAUAAUUGACAUUUUUGGGUUAACCAUCCCUUUAAGUGAGUUUGUUCACGCGUAUGGAAGUUGGUAUGGUUUUAUAACAAUGCACGAUGUUUGUCGGCGCUAAAGCUAAUUCUAAUAGCUGUUUCAUUUUAAAUGUCCACUCUGAUAAUGGACUUCUCAUUUAGCGUAGAUGCAAUAUGAAAUGGUUACAGGUUCAUGGAAAGGCUUUCACAGGGGAUGACUGCAAAUGUUUCCAAUUUUUCUGAUACUUACUCUAAAUGAAACUCUUGACAGUUUAGUGGACACUAGAACUACAUGAAUGUUUCUAUCCACAUGUUACCUAGUGUAACCUAAUGCAAUGUAUUUUGUAAUAUUUAUAAAAUACUGUGUAUUUAAGAAGGUAAUAUGUGUUUAUAUUGUUAUUAAGAAUUUUUUUGUCUGUAAAGAAACUAUUAAAAAAGGAAACACUGAUUGACACAUGUUGUCUGCUGCUUUACAUGUGCUUUUGUCCAAUGUUUAUGACUGUGUUGCUCUCGCUAAUGAUUAAUUCUGCUUUAGUUCUUUGUCUCUCCGCUGAGGAUGAAAUCCUCACGUCAGCUCAUCUCUGUAGCUUGCGAGUCCUGCUCUUCUGUGCCCUUUACUAAAAGGUAAGUGUUGAUUCAUUGAGUGGAUAGUGGAAAAGAGAGAAGGAAAGGUAUACACUUUUUCUAGUUCACUAAUCAAAUGUGAGUAAUGUGAGACAUUGCACAUUUGUAUGUAAGGUCAGAAUUCCUUGCUUCCAUUGAAGCACACUAGAUGCUCUGGGAUGUUCUCAGAUCGUGCUGGGAUAACAUGGAUCAACAGGUUUCAUGCAGUCCAUUGUUGCCCGAGUACGUGCUGUCAUUUAAAGAUUAUUAUUUAUUAAAUACUGGUAACACUUUAGUAGAGGCAUUAGGUUUCAUGAACUAACAAUGAACAAUAUAUUUUUUACAGCAUUUAUUCAUCUCUGUUAAUGUUAGUUCAUAAAAAUACAAUUGUUCAUGUUAGUUUACUUUAUAGUGUAUCAACUAAUGUUAACGUACGCAACAUUUGAGCUGAAGUGUGUCGAAGCAAGAGGAAAACUAUUUAUGUGAUUUAGUUAUUUUCUGUUUAUUAUUUAUAAAUUAACUGGCAAGUUUUUUUUUUUUUUUUUUUUGUCAUUUGUGUUCAUGUGUGGGCAACGUUCUUUAUGAAAUAUAUCAUUAAUUAUAUUUAUAUAGGGUACACUACCGGUCAAACGUUUUUAAAAACGUACUCAUUCUAUAUAUAUAUUUUUUUUUUCACAUUUUAGAAUAAUAGUAAAGUCAUCAAAACUAUGGAAUAACAUAAAUGGAACUAUGGGAAUUAUGUUGCGACAAAACAAAAUCCAAAAUAAAUCAAAACGGUGUUAUAUUAUUUUAGCAUCUUCAAAGUAGUCACACUUUUAAUAGAAUUUGCAGACAUGAACUCUUGACAUUUUCUCAGCCAACUUCUUGUGGUAUCACCCUGGGAUGCUUUUAAACCGUAUUCCCAUCUAGAGUUCCCAUCUAUGUUGGGCACUUAUUGGCUGCUUUUCUUUAUUAUUUGGUCCAAUCAUCAAUUUCAAAAACGUUUUUUUUUUUAUGAAAUUUUAGUUUUAUAAUAAAAUAAAUUAAUAUGGUGGCGCAAUUAAAUUUUUGUCUACAAAACUAAUUUCAAACAUUUAAGCAUACACCUUCAGAUCAAAAGAUUUUUUAAAUAAUGAGAAACAUUUCAGACUUUGGAAUAAAUGUGUCAAAACUUUUUACCGGUAGUGUAUAUACAUACACCGAUCAGCCACAACAUUAAAACCACCUGCUUAAUAGGUACCCCUUGUGCUGCCAAAUGUAUCUCAAAAUAGCAUUCUGAGAUGAUAUUCGUCUCAACAAUUGUACAGAGUGGUUAUCUGAGUUACCAUAGACUUUGUCAGUUCAAACCAGUCUGGCCAUUCCCUGUUGACCUCUCUCAUCAACAAGGUGUUUCCAUACACAGAACUGCCACUCACUGGAUGUUUUUUGUUUUUAGCACCAUUCUGAGUA